AUGGGGAAGCCCAACCCGCUGCAGGACGGGAACGUCUGCUCGAGCCUGUUCUUCUGGUGGCUAACCCCCCUGUUUCGAGUUGGCUACAAGCGGAGGUUAGAGAAAUAUGACAUGUACUCGGUGCUUCCAGAAGAUCGCUCCGCGCGCCUUGGAGAAGAGCUGCGAGGGUCCUGGGAUCGAGAAGUUUCGAGAGCUGAGAAAGACGCACGGGAGCCUUCUUUAAUAAAAGCCAUCAUCAAGUGUUACUGGAAACCCUAUUUAGUUUUGGGAGUUUUUACGUUUCUUGAGGAAGGCACCAGAAUAGUUCAGCCUGUCCUUUUGGGGAAAAUUAUUAGUUAUUUGGAAUACUAUGAUCCCAGUGAUUCUGCCGCCUUCCACGAAGCCUUGGCCUACGCCGCAGGGCUGAGCGUCUGCGUGCUCACCUGGGCCUUUCUGCACCACUUGUACUUCUAUCACAUUCAGCGUGUGGGGAUGAGGCUGAGGGUAGCCGUGUGCCACAUGAUUUACCGCAAGGCACUUUGCCUGAGCAACUCGGCCACGAGGGAGACCAGCACCGGCCAGAUAGUCAAUCUGCUGUCCAAUGACGUGAACAGGUUUGACCAGGUGACGAUGUUCCUGCACUUUCUGUGGGUGGGGCCUCUGCAGGCUGUCGUGGUGACCGCCCUGCUCUGGAUGGAAGUAGGAAUAUCAUGUUUUGCAGGGAUGGCGGUUCUAAUUCUUCUCCUGCUUUUGCAAACCUGCAUCGGGAAGUUGUUUUCAUCCCUUAGGAGUGAGACCGCAGCUUACACAGAUGACAGGAUCAGGACCGUGAGUGAAGUUAUAACUGGCAUCAGAACAGUAAAAAUGUACACUUGGGAAAAGUCACUUGCGGAUCUUAUUGCCAGAUUGAGAAGGAAGGAAGUUUCCAAAAUUCUGAGAAGUUCCUACCUUAGAGGACUGAAUUUGGCAUCAUUUUUUGCUCUGAGCAAAAUCAUGGUUUUUGUCACCUUCAUCACCAUUGUGCUCCUUGACAAUGUGAUCACAGCCAGCCAAGUGUUUGUGGUGGUGACACUGUUCGAGGCUCUGCAGUUGACGGGCACCCUCCACUUCCCCAUGGCCGUCGAGAAGGUGUCCGAGGCGGUCGUCAGCAUCCGAAGAGUCAAGAACUUCCUGUUGCUUGAGGAGACAUCACAGCACGACCCUCAGCUGCCAUCAGAUGGUGAAGCGAUAGUACACAUGCACGAUUUCACUGCUUUUUGGGACAAGGCAUCUGAAACUCCAACUCUCCAAGGCCUUUCCUUUACUAUCAGACCUGGGGAACUGUUAGCUGUGGUUGGACCUGUAGGAGCAGGAAAGUCGUCACUGUUGAGUGCGGUGCUGGGGGAGCUGUGGCCGAGCCAGGGGCUGGUCACUGUGCUCGGGAGGAUCGCGUAUGUUCCUCAGCAGCCCUGGCUGUUUCCCGGAACCGUGAGGAGUAAUAUUUUAUUUGGGAAGAAAUAUGAAAAAGACCGAUAUGAAAAAGUACUAAAGGCUUGUGCUCUGGAAGAGGAUUGGCAGCUUUUGGAGGAUGGGGACCUAACAGUUGGAGACCGGGGAACCCCGCUGAGCGCAGGGCAGAAAGCCCGAAUCAGCCUCGCAAGAGCCGUGUAUCAGGACGCGGACAUCUACCUCCUGGACGACCCGCUCAGCGCUGUCGAUGCAGGAGUCAGCAAGCACCUGUUUGAACAGUGUAUCCGCCAAGCCUUGCAUGAGAAGAUCACAAUCUUAGUGACCCAUCAGCUGCAGUACCUAAAGGAUGCAAGUCAGAUUCUGAUAUUGAAAGAUGGCUGGUAUGAUGCCUCUGAGGGUGAAUCCAGAGACCUGUAG